AGGAGAGAAAACAAAAGAUUCUCAAAGUGAAUCUGGACAUCAUAGAAGCAUAGAGGUUUGUACAAAGCAAAUCUCUCCAUUUGAGGAUGAGAAAGUGGGGCUCAGGGUUGUUGGGUGGCCUGCCAUGCUCACACGGUUUGUGGCAGCUCCUGGCGCCCAGUGCAGCGUUGCUUCCGGGGUCACAUCUACUAGGGCUCAGGAAGGAGGCGGGAGGCUGAGCUGGAGAGAGGCCAGGAGGAUGCUCUGGGCUGGGCAGGCUGGGGUGGGGCGAUGAGCCUUCUGCCUGUUUGUUCUGGGUACCAGGAGGUGCGGGUGGAGAGACAUCCUGGCAGGAAGGACCAAAGUCCCCAUUUAUGGCCUGGGGGGAGUUAAUGUGUAAUAUUCUAGGAUAUCAGCUGGACUGCAAGGUGAGACCCUGAGCCCAGACCUCUAGGAGCAACCCAGAGCUGUUGUCCGGAGCUGCUACCAUGUCGGGGAAAUUUGAGAUUGCGAACAUGGACAUGAAGAUGGGGUCAAGCCUGAAGAUCAAGGGCAAGAUCGCUGACGGGGCUAAUGGCUUUGUGAUUAAUCUGGGCCAGGGGACAGAUAAACUGAACCUGCAUUUCAACCCACGCUUUGGUGAAUCCACCAUCGUCUGCAACUCACGUGAUGGCAAGAGCUGGGGGGCGGAGCAACGGGACAAUCACAUGUGCUUCAGCCCAGGGUCAGAAGUCAAGCUCAUCGUGACCUUCGAGAACAAUGAAUUCAAGGUGAAGCUGCCAGACGGGCACCAGUUGACCUUUCCCAACAGGCUGGGCCACAGCCACCUGAGCUACCUGGGUGUGCAGAACUUCCUCGUCUCCUCCUUCAAGCUGGAGUGAGGCAGCACCUCACCGGAGAGCAAGACCCACCCCUGCAAGCAGAUCCCUGACCCACAGCUGCUCUUCAUGUGGGAUCAGCCAUGCACCUACUGCUCCUAAUCCUCCACCCUCAUCCCCCAAGGCUCAGAACCAACAAAAGAAUCCACCUUUAUAGUCUUU